GCAACGUAAAAAAAUGGUUUGCAGUUAAGGAAAGUGUGACCUUCGCCAUUAAUUCGCGGGCUAUAACAAAUUAACCCACUAAGACUGUAUAUAAUACUUUGGAAAUUUCAAGAAUAUGUAGUGAAUUCUUAUUCGUCUAUCAUGGUUUUAUAUUUGCUUCGCUAAGGAAGAGAAGUGAUAAAUAAAGUGAAAGAGAAACAAAUAUGUGAACGACAGUAUGUGAAUGGUGUGUAGCUUAAUAAGAAUGUAAAUGUAAAAAGAGAACAAAGAAGGAACGUGUGCAAUUAGUGUGUUCAAGAAAGGAGAAAGGUGAAGCACGCGAGAAUAAUGGAUUUGUUACUAGAAUUUCGUGUUUGCUCCGUUAGCAGUCGUUCCAACGAAUUGCUCCACUGACUUGGAGCAUUGGGGCAACAAGGAGUCAAAUACACGCAAAAUUCAAACAAACUCCACCAUAAAGAUUUAACAUCCUACGGCAAGUUAAACGCUUUUCAAAAAUAAGUUUUACACAUCAAUGAAACCGCCUUCAUGAACAAAUUUGGUAAUGGCAUACAACAAAUCCAAUCGAAGAUAACUUACACUUAUGAUAUCCCAUCGUUUCGAAGCAACUAUAAAACGUAGCGAAGAAAUAAGUAUUUAUGUUCAAACAAAGAGGCCGACUGCACUUUAAUAAACGCCCAAAUAGCAACGGGCUGCAAACAAUAUCCGAAACAGCACUAGCAAAAACUCGGAAAAUUUGGAUAAUAUUGACAGUUCACAAGUCCUUUAACAAAAGACACCGUGACGGUCACGGCGAAGUUAAAGGAGUCCGAAAGGAUUUGCGGUGCCGCUUCAAGUGGCAUCAAUAUUAAUAAGUUUAAGCUUAAGAUGGCAAAUACGCUUUCCGUCAUGACGAACGUUUUACGGAAUGUUGUCAGCAAGCAGCGUAUACGCUAUAAGGAGAAUGGAUAUAAUUUAGACUUGGCCUAUAUAUGCGACAAUAUAAUUGCAAUGGGUUAUCCGGCAGACAAUAUAGAGAGUAUAUUUCGAAAUCGUUUGGAAGAUGUUUACAAAUUUCUCCAGGAAAUUCACCAGAACCAUUAUAAAAUUUACAAUCUCUGCCUUGAGCGUAGCUAUGAUAGCAAUAAAUUUCAUGGAAGAGUUGCUGUUUAUCCAUUUGAGGACCAUAACCCACCAACGAUAGAAUUAAUACAAAGAUUUUGUACGGAUGUCGAUACUUGGCUGAAAGCAGAUAGUCAAAAUGUCGCUGCCGUACACUGUAAAGCAGGCAAAGGCAGAACUGGUACAAUGAUUUGUUGUUAUCUACUGUAUAGUGGACAGCAGGCAACUGCCGAAGAUGCUUUAGAAUGUUACGCUGAAAAACGCACAAAGGAUCGCAAAGGUGUAACCAUUCCAUCGCAAAGGCGGUAUGUUCAGUAUUUCGCAAAAUUAAUACGAUCCGGAGUACCAUAUGAAAAGCGUAUUCUGCAGUUUUGUGAAAUUCGUUUUACUGAGGCUAAUUUGUUGCAUAGUCAUGGCACAGUGCACUGCUCAAUUUCCGUGCUGGAAGAUAAUGGAUGUUCCGUUAAAGUAAUGCCUUUGCUGGGGUUGCCCAUUGAUUUUCGGAAAAGUUACACAUUGGACCUUAAAAAUCAUUCACUAUGUGUGGCCGGUGACAUAAAAGUGGAACUAACACAUAAAAAGAAAUUAUUUCAUUUCUGGUUCAAUACAUAUUUUGUUCGUGAUGAUGCCGUCAUUGAAGAAGAAGGUGAAGAAGCAAAACUGGUGUACACACUUAACAAAUGCGAAAUCGAUGAUGCACACAAAGACAAAGAGCACAAAUGCUUUUCUGAAGGUUUUAAGGUGCAACUUGUAUUCUUUGCGGAAAAUUCAAUGCGACCUGGUCUGCAAGCCAAUGUUAGCAGCAUCGCCAGCCAAAUUAGCAAUAAUCAAAGAAAGUCUCAAAAUGCGCGGCUAUCACAUCAAUACAGUGGUGGGGGAGGCGACAGUAGCAGCAGCAGUAACUAUCAACUGCCACAGAACAGCAGCAGUGGCAGUGAUCUGAAUUAUAUUUGUGAUCAAAAGUCCUCCUCUUCAGCGUCUGCGUCGGUUAGCAGUUUGGGUGGCCCACUGGCUGGUGGUGUUGGCAGUGGCAGCAUUGGCGAUACGAGUUUGGGCGAUGCAGCAAAUACAGAUUUUUCACGUAUUGAUGUAAGCUCUGCCGGUUCACAAUUUAUUCAACAUCCGCAUCAACAGCAACAAAACCAACGGAUUUCUGUUGGCAAUAUGCAACAACGCAUCACUGUGAAAAACAUGAGCGGCGGUGGUUGCGAUGGUUACGAUUGUGAUGAAGGCACUCUGUCAUUUGGUCGCAUAAGCGAUGCUGCAUCAACAGCUGCUUAUGCGUUACACCCACACCAACAACAUUCACAUCAACAACACACAUAUGUGAAUUUGGAAAAUAUACUGUCCACUGCGGAUAAACAACAAUUGCAACUAAUGCAGCAACAUCAGCUGAAGCCGUUGACAACACCAAAUCAUGCAAUGGCUUCGGCUGCGGCAGUGUCGGCAACAGCGACCAACUCAUUUAUGUUGGCAACGGCAAUUCAACAACAGAAUAGUAUGAAAUUUGUAGCGCCAUCUUCGGUGUCAGGGUUGCCAGAAUAUACUGGAAAGAAUAUGCUGCACCACAAGGCAGCGUUACAAAUGGGUAGCAACACCAAUAACAGCGGUAGUAGCAGGCAAUUAGAUGGAGAAAUUUCAACAAUAACGCAAAGGAAUGGUACGGUUUGCAGCAGCGGUGGUGCAGCAAACGGUUGCAUUAGUGGCAACAGUAGCAAAAGCAGCAUUAGCAGCCAAUCAUCGUCUUCUGCGUCAACAACUUCGUCCUCAUCAUCGGCACCGACGUCUGCCGGUGAUCAAGAUUGCGAAGAAGAAGACUGGGAGUCCGGUGAGUGCCAUCCAAAAAUGUCACACACAAUUGCUCACAAAGCAUUACAGUUAUCCCCACUAUUAGUGCCUUCCAAUCCUCCUACAGCUAACAAUACUAUUACUUUCAGUGAUAUCACUAUUCUUCCUACUACUACUGCAAGUACUAUACAAACAUCUAUACCUUCUACUACUACUACUCACUCCAAACCGAUUUCCACUCCCAUUUCUCAGCUACCUUCUACAUAUUUUAUGAAUAUAAACAGUAAUAGUGGUAGUUAUAAAUGUAGUUAUUGUUGUUGUGAUGAUGAUGAAAUUAAUCCUAAUUUAAAAUGCGAAUGUGAAAAUUUCCAAGAAACGGAAAAGUUGGAAAACUUCAAAUCAAUUAGCACUAACGAACGACGAUCGAGUUGCACAACGGCUAAACGUAAUGGAGAUAUAGAGUCUGUUUCUAGGUCCGUGGACGUUGAAGAUAGGUCUACUACUGAAUUUAAGUCAGCUUUUGCUGCAACAGGGAUUCCGGUUGCCGCUAAUAAGUCGGCCACAACAGUUAGCCACAAUAGUGCGACGCGAACAGCAACCGAAUGGACGUAUUACGAGAAUCCACAGUAUCAUCAAUUAGUGGGAAGGCGUGACAAGGCCUUGCACAUGCAAAUGUCAAUUUUGGUGCCUAAAAAAUGUGAUGACGCUGUCAUCAGUAGCAAAAGCAGCCAUAUGAGCAAUGUCGGCAACGUUGUUAGUUCGUGGACAAGCAAACCUCUAUUUCAACAUAGACUCGGUGUUAAGAAAAUGAGAGACCUUGGCGUCGCUAGUUCAGCAGCCAUUGCGGUUACUAAAUCGAAUGCUUACGGUCCUUCAUCCACACCAGCUGCAGGCGAUGCUGCUGUACUAGCUUUGAGUUGCUCGCCGGCGAGUGGUUGUAGUGGUUUGGCAAGCACUUCGCGCCGUAAGCUAAAAAAUAAACUGAAAAGCAAUACAAAAAAAUUAUCUCAUUGGUUACAGAAUCAUUUUCGCGCAAACCCUGUAGAAUUUUGUGAGAAUGUCGUACAGCACACGAUGGCUAUGAGGCGCAACAGUAACUGUAGCGUGAGUAGUCGCAGUCACAAACUGUCUAUGUCCUCAACAUCGAUGACAGUGACACCGGCUUCGUCGUUGCCCAAACGACAGUUAUUGGUACCAUCGAAAUUAAUUAGUGAAAAGUGUAUUGUUGGUAAUGAAGUUGGGGAUGUGGAAACGUACGAUAUUUACGAUGGAGACGUGGAGCAGCCGUUCAAAGACGACAGCUUUUCGACAGUAUCUAUUACCACUGUGAAUAUGCAAACUGUUGGUGGUAAUGGUCGCACGAAAAUCUCACUAUCCGAGUCGACGACUGCAUCAAAUGCCAGUUUGUCGACAGUUGGUGGUAGUGCUGAGCUCAGCGGUGGACGCGGUGGUGGCAGCAGAAGUAGUGAUGUCUUUGAGGAUUUUUACUCAUCCAAUUGUGAUAAUCAGUUAAGCUUUAACAACUCGCCAUGUAAAAGUCCGCGUUCAUUAGUCGAUAUUGCCGGCUCAAGCGCUUACAGUGCACCACACGAGCUCGUCUGUGCAACCAGUUUGAACGAGCGAAAUGCGCAUUUGCAAAUGAAGCGUGAGUUACACAUGCAGAGAAAUCUGAAUGCAUUAUCGUCGGAGCAGCAGCCACACCAUCCUCAUCACCACCACCUUCACCAACUCAAUGUUGUUGUCGUUGCAGCAAAACCAGCUAAAACGCACGCAAUCGGCUUCAAUGUUACAAAUGAAAGAACGCAAAUCCCAGAGACGUUUAUAUAUGCGCCCGAAAAUAAUAUAGACGCGGAAGGCGACAACAAAGACGUUAACCACACGAAUGCCAGUGACAUGACGAUUGGUGCAAAUGUCACUGUUGUAACAACAGUAGAGGAAGUAAUCAAGCCGCGAGAAAAGUUUAACAUAUGCCAAGGGACAUCAAAUGGCAGUGAUAUGCUAGAUACGAAAAUUGAUGAAGUUGACGAGGAUGAGGAAGAUGGUGCUACAACGGCGUCCAGCAUCUAUUAUACGCCAACGCUGAAAGGAAUGAGUAUUGAUGAAAUUGAUGGCAUUAAAAUAACACAAAAGCCAUUCGUUUUUCCAAAUAUGCAAGAAGAACUUGCCAAUAUAUGCUAUAGCGAUUGUCGUAAAGCUAAAGCUACCACCAACAAUGUGAACCACAGUAAUAGAACCGAGUUGUGGAAUGUACGCUCAAGCGACAGCAAUCAAAAUUCUGCUUAUGGGUCUAAGACUAUGAUGCUUGAAAAAGGCCGCCAGGCGGAAUGUAUCGAAAAUGAGAAGCACAACUCGGAGCCUACAAUAUCACUGCUUUCACCAGCAGGCGUAUAUCAACCAGCGACACCUGUGUCAACGGUUGCGUGUGAUUUCUCUAAUAACGUAGAAAACUCCAAACACUGAUGGCUGGGUAGCGCGGUUGCAUUAAUAAUUUGUCGAAUGUAUUUGGAAAACAUCUAGCGAUUGGAAUGGGGUAUGAUGGAAUAAAAGCAGUGUGGUAAAAAAUGUUUGUGACUGUGAUAUAGAGCGUAUUUAUAAAUGAUGAUAAAAUAUUGCAUUAGCGAAUUUCGCACUGAGUUCAUUUUGUCGUAUUGAGUUUGUUCGGCGUUAAAUUUAUUCGUAUUUUUUUCUUUUGUUUUUGUGUAGUUGUGAAAGUAAAUUGCUCGGCUAAAGUAACAGCAAACGAAGGAGAUAUCAGUGUAAAUGCCGCUAAUGUAUUUUAUUUUAUUAUUAUUAAUAGUUUUUUGUUUCGAAGCAAGCACGGAUUAGAGUUUGCUUUAAUUUUUUUCGUUCUCUUUUGCGCUUUAUCGCAGUGACUAUAAAUUAUGUUUAUUUAUAACUGCUGUUGCACUGUAUGGACGUCAUUACCCCGAAAAUUUUGUACUGUACGAAUUGUACUGUAUUUGGCUUCUUAUAAAAUGAUGGAACUAUAAGCUGGUCGGGCCGCCAGUCGUCAUCUCAUCGACAUGGUCCGCCACCACAACCUAUCUUUAUUCUUACAUACAUAUAUAUAUCAAGAUCUCAUACGACUUCUCGUAUAAAUAACUAUAAAAUAUUGUACAGAACGGAUUAAUAACCGCUUUUGCUCAAUUUUAUUUUUUAAUAAACUAAAAACAUAAAACUAGUAACUAGGAAUUACGUAUGAAAGUAGUUUUUUAGGUUGCCAAAUAAAAUGGCCAAAUAAAAAAUAUUUACAUCAGCACUACCAGUACUAAACCUUUUCCACUACCAAUACCCAUUCAAACGAAAUCAACAAGUUCUUAUUAAAUCAGUUUUUAAUAAAAAUAACGUCGGCUUAAAUGAAUAAAUGUGUAUAUGUAUAAAUAUAGUGUUAAUUAAACGCAACUGCAAAAACAAAAAAAAACAAAAAACAGUUUCAGUGAAAAUUUUAAGAAAUACAAUAAAUAGGCGCACUUAGGUGAAGCAAAUUUAACAAUAAUUGUGAAUUAUUUAAAUAUGUGACGGUUUUGAAAUCAAUGGUUUUUAAUUAAAUUUUUCUAUUUUUAUAACCAAUUUGUGCUUAAAAGAUCACUUUAGUAUAAAUAUCGUUUUAACGCUUUUAGUAUAUAUAUUAUUUUAUUCGCAUACAUAUGUUUAUAUAACUUGAAUACACCGGCACCACAAAACUAAAACUACAUAAAGCGUGAAAAUGAAAACUAACAAAAAAGGAACAAAAAAAAAAAACGAUAAUAAAGCUAUAAUUUGUUUGAAUCCC